UGGCGUGGUAGAGGACCCUACGAGCUUCUCUAUCAUUCAAGUCCUACGAGCCGAGCCACAAAGUUAGUGUGGGGCAUAGAUGACCCUACGAGCUUGUCUGAUGUUAGGCAGACCACAGAUGACCCUACGAGCUUGUCUGAUCGAACCGAGUCACGAACACAGAUGACCCUACGAGCUUACAAUGACCUAGCAAGAGAUUGGGAGGAGGAACAUAAGUCAGACGGAAUGAUUGAUGAACCUUUGUUUUAUAUUAAUCAACCAACAUUCACAAAUGGAGGGAAUAACUUUAAUUUAAGCGGAAAUACUAAGUAUGGAACUUUCAAUUCCGGAACGUACGAAAAACAUGAUCAAGAGGACGAUCACAAAAAAACGAAAUGUGCAAAAAUAGACCAUUUUUUCCCUCGUGAUGUCACCCGAUCUCAACUUCAAAAAAAUGACUAUACGGAUUAUACUGGCGAAAAAUCAGUCCUAUUAAGUCCUCCACAAGACACACAAGAUGAUUAUGCGAAAGAUCCGGAAUAUUUCGAUAAACUUGUGGAUGACGUAGACUUAGCCUAUAUUGAAGGUGAAGAGGAACCUAUACCACCACCUCCAAAAUCUAGAGUUCCAGUAGAUCCAGUAGAAAAGAGUUGGGACUCGUUUACGAUUGAUGAAAUUGAUAUAGCAAAAUGUUUUAGUUCCCUUCGCAAAUCCUUACCGAAAACAAGUUACGAAGUCCAUCCACAGUAUUGGGGAGUCCUCGAUUUAACGGGACAGCAUAAGCCAACGAAGAAAAUGUUUUCCACAAAAUGGAAUGAUCUAGUCAACGAUUUUCGACUUGACAUAGGAUGGAAAAUGGUUAAUCUUAACCAAUCCGAAUAUGAUCUUUUUGAUAAUAUGGAGGACUUGAAAGCUCAGCAAGCAUUACCUAUACUAAAUGCCCAUCUUACGAUAUUAAAGUCGAUGAGCCUAGAUCCAAAUCAAGAAAAAUUUCAAAAACUCUGGUCCGAGCAACAACUAGUUGCAAGCCAGGAAAGACGUAGGCAAGAGCAAGAUCCCAAUGAUGAGCGUGCACGCGCUGGACAAAAAACCGAUAUUAUAAUAGUUUUGCCGACAGGUCCAGCUUUAGAAGGCUUCAUUUGUGAAGUCUCGGGAGGACUUCCAGCAGGAUGCCCCAAAAAAAUUUGGACAGAUAAGCUGAAAUUAAUGAUUGGAAUGCGGGACAUGAUAAACAGAGUAAUGAAGACCUUUCCUGGUCUACCGCCAGCAGAUUAUAUGAAAGUCAUUGUAUUCGGGUGCCAAGUAAUUGGCCUACAAAUGAAUUUUUACGCAAUGGAUGUCCGAACUUCAGGAAUUUAUCGUUUCGGAAUUAUUGAUAAGGUAUCUUUGCCUGCCUCAUCAAAAGAGUUGCCCGCAUACGAAGCAGUGCAUACGAUGUUACGUUCUUUGGAGCACCGAUUGAAAAAAUUAACGGAUUACUGCACGGUUCUAAACGUUAAACAUGCAAAAUUAAGACGAAAACGUGAUUAUAUAUAUCAAGAAGACAAUUUGGCUUUUUCAAACAACUCUCCGAACUCAUCUCCUCAAAAAAAGAAAAUCAGAUCCUAA